AUGACUCUGAGGAGUUUGUUUUCGUACGAAAUAUUGGAAAAGGGAAAAAGAGGUGAAACUCCAAGCAAUUCAUUCUUUAGAAUGAAUUUUUUAUACCAGGCUGCUCAUUUAAUGUCUGCACAUAAAAAUAAUUCUAGACUCGGUAAUUACUAUGGUAAAGUGUUAAAAGAAAUAUCGAACAAAAUGGUAGAAAAACUUCAUCCAGAUAUAAAAAGAACAAUGUGUUCUGUCUGUCACAGCAACUUAACCUCAAAUUCUAAUGCCCUUAAUGUUCAACUUAAACCACAUCCAAAGAAAAAAAAAAAAAGAGCACUAAAAUCUUCAACAAAAUUAGACAUUAAAAAAAAAAUGAGACAAAAUAUUAUUGACAAUAAAAAAGAUGGUGUUUCUUUAAACUGUAAAAACGUGUACAAAAGCAAAAUUGAUAAAAAAAAGAAAAAAGCAAAUUUUUUAAAGUAUAAAUGCAAAUUGUGUUGUUUUAGUAAAAACUAUGUAAUGCAUCCAGAUUAUAAACUAUGGAUUCAUAAACAUUUAAUUAUAAAUUAA